CAUGUGCAGCGCUUCAGAAGGAAACUGACUGUGUCACCCCUAGGACAGCGUGGAUCGAGCGCUGAGACCGAGCUCCCCUCCCCACAUUGAGCAGGAGGAGAGGGGGGGAGCAGGAGCAGGAGGAGGUGGGCGCCAGGUUUCCAUUUCUUUUUUUUCCCCUUUCGGUUUUUGCCCCGUCCUCUCUGCGGGUCCGGUCCGUCUCCAUGUGCCAUCGAUGGGAAAUCAAAUCGACCGGAUCACCCACCUGAACUACAGCGAGCUGCCCACCGGCGACCCCUCGGGCUUGGAGAAGGACGAUCUGCGGGUGGGGGUCGCCUACUUUUUCUCGGACGAGGAGGAUGAGGCGGACGAGCGUGCGGCGCCGGCCGAGCUGCAGUGGAGGGAGCCGCCGAGCCCGGCCGGGGAUGAAGCGGCGGCGGUGGGUCCGGAGGUGCCGGCAGGGGGCGGUGGCGCCGGAGAGCUGGAGUAUUCCGCCUUCUGCCGCCAGGAGUGCAUCUUCUCCAAACUGAGCGGCAACCAGGACCUGGAGGUGUACUCGCUCAACAGCUUACUGCCCCGCUGCCGGGCCGGGGACUUGUUAGAGCUCACGGUGAACGGUCAGGCCGCCCACUGGGCCGUCUACGUCGGCGGCGACCAGGUGGUGCACCUCCAGCACCAGGAGAUCCGGCUCGACCACUUGGCCGAGGUCGGCGGAGGCAGGGCAGGCCGCAUCGUCAACACCUGGUACCGGUACCGGGCCCUGCCGCCCGAGCUGGUGGUGCAGAACGCCCGCGGUCACCUCGGCCUCAAGGGCCGCGACAUCUGCUGGACCGACUCCGAGAGCUUCGCCGCCUGGUGCCGCUUCGUUUGGUGCAUUUUCCCAGACGUGAUACGGAAGAGCUGCUUAUGCUACUGGAUUUUAUUUUUAAUUACCAAAACUCUAGAUUGUUGAUCUUUUGCUUUAAAUGGUUAGAAAAAGUUCCUUUUCUUUAUUUUUGUUAAUUCCCUUGCAUGUAUUAUAGCUUGAGGAAUUUUUCCAGCUUUUAUUUUGCAAUUUUAUUUGGCAAAAAUGGGUAACAGUAGAAAUAAUAUAACAUGGCAUUGGCUCAACAGGUACCAAAUCUGACAGCUAACACUGGAGUAAUCAAUGAGGUAGAGGUUUUACCAUUGCACAUCUCAACUCAUUGUUUUUCCUGUUUAACUCUUUGAUUAAUGAAGCCAAAUUUGGGACUGCAUAUUAAAUAGCUCCAUCAUGGAUUCAUAAUGUAGGAUAUAAUUACUGUAAAUGAAUUUGAAGUUCUGUUUACUUUCUAUCUACACUACAGAUGUAUAGAAUUUCUUAUUUUGUAAUGUUCCUGUCACUGGAGAUUAUUUCCUGGAACCAGUGGCUGGAAUAAUUGGAGACCCAAUGGUUGUAUUGGUAUUCGCACACAGAAGUGCGCAUAAUUUAGUCUGCAGUUCCUUUAUUGGCAUUGGAUUUGUGCUUGUAAAUGUAUGUGUGGGUCUGAGUUGAAGGCACCUGGGCAGUUUGCAGAUAAAUCGCGGGGGUUUAAAUAUCAAGGUCAGGCGAAGGUAACACGAAAAUGAGAGAUUACCAGCUCAAGAACAUCUGAUCUCCACACACCAGCCAGGGCAUGGAGAUGGAGAUUUUUUUUUUUGGAAAAAAAAAUGCACUUUGUUGAUCUGUUAACACUCUGUUCAGGGAAUAUGUUCAUGCAAAUGCACAGAUCUGUGUUAAACUGCUACAAAGAAAAACUGUUUUAUGUUCAAGUACGAUGUCUGUUGCUCUGUUUAAACAAUUAAUAUGCAUCACACUGUAAACUUGCAGAUCAAACAAAAUGCAAAAUGUGCAUCUGUAAAACUGGAAACCUGGUGUUAAAUGUGAAAGACUCAAAGUAUGUGCUGUAAUAAAAAUUCUAUUUUUGCCAUCA